AUGACUCCUAUGAUCACUGCAGUAGCAUUCAAUCAAAAAGAUGUUCUUCUUUAUUUUAUAAAUACUGGGCUACCUCUUAAUGAUACAUGCAGAGCUGUAUGCCGCAGGCAAUAUAUAAAGGACCCUAAAUUGUGUUCUAAAGGUGUUACAUUUUGGCAUAUAGUGGCAAUUUAUGCAGAGUUUGAAAUAUUGAAAUCUCUAACCAAGAAGCAAAUUAACGACUCAUUAUGGAAUGCAACUGAUUUGGAUGGUGCGACUCCUAUGCAUUAUGCCUGCUACAACCACAAUUUUAUCUUAUCUGAUUUUGACUUUGGUUUGCAUUUAGCAGAUAGAACUUUGAAUGGAUCAACGCCUGCUCACUAUCCAAUACUUUGUGGUAAUGUUUUUAUCUUACAGCAAAUCUUAGCAAAAAAUCAGACAUUGGUUUUGAAUGUCAGAGAUAACAGUAAUAAGAAUAUUUUACAUUACUUAUUAUUUACAACAUCAGGACUGACGACUUUGAGUAUUUUGUACCAGGAUAUUAUAAGAAGUUAUGAAAGGCUAGUCACUGAAAGAGAUAUUGACGGAAGAACACCUUUACAUUAUGCUGCUAUGAUAGGACAAUAACUGGAAAAGAUUAAUUCAUAUAAUUAUCUUACAAAAUAUAAGUUUAACAUGUCAGUUUUAGACGUUCUCUUCGAGAACAUGCCAGCAUAUCAGCCAAUACUUGAACAUUAUUUCUCACAUUUGCCUUACAACUGUAGCAUGACAGAUUUAUUCGGUAGACCAGGAUGUUUGAAUCUCCGCUUGCAAAUACUGGAUCCAUUUGAACAAUUUGCUUUUGAGGCCUUUUCUGCAUUAAAUAAUACAAAUCUUAUCAAGGAACGAGAUGUUUUUUCCUUCUUGUACAAGGCAUUGGGCAAAAAUCGAUUUUAUUUGCUUUAUAUGAUAAAACUUUUUUAUCAAAGAUUUUAUGAGACCAUAACAACAAGUGAUAAAAAGGUCAAGGUGUUUCUAAGACUUCUUAUUCGAAAAUCUACGUAUCCCAAUCUGUUGCUCUCUUCAUUAUUUUUAAGUGAUCUUAUAGGAAACUCCUGCAACAAUAAUCAAGAUGGAUCUCUUUGGUAUAUCUUGUAUGACAGCCAAAGGAAAUUUUGGCCAAUCUAUGAAAUUUUUAAUGACACAAGGCUUACUGAUAAAAUUGAAACAUUUUUGGAAAAGUGCAAACAAAUCAGACCGCUCAAUGCCAUAAUGAAUGGAGGGAAUAUAUAUGUGCUUAAUUUCGUUGAUACAUGA